UCACUCGGGCGCCCACACGAACACGCGACUCCACCUAGCAGCAACAAUGGCGCAGAACAUGUUCGCAGUGUCCGUGCUCGCCAUACUAGUUGUCUCCGUCGGCGUCGGGGCCAAACGAGGGUGUUCAGCAUUCGGCCACUCCUGUUUCGGCGGUCACGGGAAGAGAUCCGGGGAUUCCCCUCUAGGCAGCUCGUCGAGUAACGAGUUGGUGGCGCGGAACCAGCUCGGCCAGGAGGAAACGCCGCCGCACCCGGUCUACCCCCACAACUACGGCAUGCUUCCCUCCGGUGAUGACAUCAUCCCCAUUCGGGAUGGUGGUGUGUUUGAUCGCGAAGAGAGUGCCAGAGACGUCAUGAAGAUGAAGCUACAGAAUAUUUUUAAGCAUUGGAUGGACAGCUACAGGCGGUCACAGCAGACCGACGACUCCUACCUCCUGGACACACUGUAAACGAGCGGCCAUAUUACAAGUUCACAGUAAACGAAGUAGACUUGACUUUAAAAAGGAAUUUAUAAAUCUGAUGGGACUGGAAAAAGAUAGAACAGUAUGUUUUUUCACUCGGAAAAGGAGUUUCUUUAUAACCUGGCUAAGGUUAUAUUAUAAUAUAAUAAGAAACAGUAUGAAUACUACAUGCGGCAGAU